UUCUGCCGCCCCUCACUUUCGCUCCUGCAGCUUUCCAAACAAACCCGGGCGGGAUGGGAGUGUCUUCUUGGCUGUGGAAAUCGAGCCUCCUACCUUGUCCUGAAGCCACCACCGCCUUUCCCCGGCCCUCCCUUUCUGGUGAUUUUCCUGUCCCGGACGGCCGGCGAGGGCGCGCGGCUGGUGUCCGCCCCGCCCGAAAGCACUUGCAAGUGAAGAAAUAGCACAACUCUUGGUCUUGGAUAAAUUCUAGUAGAGAGGCCCCAACAGUUUAGCAGACAGCCUCCUGAGCCUUUGGCAUCCUGUUCCCCCCUUACCACUCUUCACCUUCAGGACCAGAGGGCCUUUGGAAAACAGAUUCCUAAAAGUGCCGGGGGCGAGCCAUGAGAGGGUAUCUCGUGGUCAUAUUCCUGAGUGCUGUCUUCCUCUAUUAUGUGCUGCAUUGUAUAUUAUGGGGAACAAAUGUCUAUUGGGUGCCACCUGUGGAAAUGAAGCGGAGAAAUAAGAUCCAGCCUUGUUUAUCAAAGCCAGCUUUUGCCUCUCUCCUGAGGUUUCAUCAGUUUCACCCUUUUCUGUGUGCAGCUGAUUUUAAAAAGAUUGCUUCCUUGUAUGGUAGCGAUAAGUUUGAUUUGCCCUAUGGGAUAAGAACAUCAGCGGAAUAUUUUCGACUUGCUCUUUCAAAACUGCAGAGUUGUGAUCUCUUUGAUGAGUUUGACAAUGAGCCAUGUAAAAAGUGCGUGGUGGUUGGUAAUGGAGGAGUUUUGAAGAAUAAGACAUUAGGAGAAAAAAUCGACUCCUACGAUGUAAUAAUAAGAAUGAAUGAUGGUCCUGUUGUAGGACAUGAAGAGGAAGUGGGGAGAAGGACAACUUUCCGACUUUUUUAUCCAGAAUCUGUUUUUUCAGAUCCCAAUCACAAUGAUCCUAAUACUACGGCAAUUCUCACUGUUUUUAAGCCGCAUGAUUUAAAGUGGCUGUUGGAAUUGUUGAUAGGUGGCAAAAUAAAUACUAAUGAUUUUUGGAAGAAACCAGCUUUAAACCUGAUCUAUAAACCUUUUCAAAUCAGAAUAUUAGAUCCUUUUAUUAUCAGAAUGGCAGCUUAUGAACUGCUUCACUUUCCAAAGGUGUUUCCCAAAAAUCAGAAACCCAAACACCCGACAACAGGAAUUAUUGCCAUCACACUGGCAUUUCUCAUAUGUCAUGAAGUUCACAUAGCUGGUUUUAAAUACAACUUUUCUGACCUCAAGAGUCCUUUGCACUACUAUGGGAAUGCCACCAUGUCUUUGAUGAAUAAGAAUGAAUAUCAUAAUGUGACUGCAGAGCAGUUCUUUUUGAAGGACAUUAUAGAAAAAAACUUUGUAAUCAACCUGACUCAAGAGUGACCCUACAGACUCAGAAGAUGAUGCUUACAGUAGAGCUUCAUUGAUUUCUCUUAAGAGGGUUUGAAAAGCUUUCAAUGUCCCUCAUAAUCUACUGGUUCUUUCUGUCUCAUCUGACAUGGUGUUUCUUACAGCCCUUUUGCUCUCCAGGUGACAAUGUGGAGCCAAGGCAAAAAGUUCAAGCUUUAUCACUUUCCUCACCUUUGUGGCCUCAUUCACAUUUAGAUGAGUUCAGACUCUGUUCCCCCCUGCCAGGGUGAGGGGAGGGGAGAAGCAAGUGUAUGUGUGAUGUCAUAAUUUUAAAUCCUAUAUAAAUUCUCUACUCAAACCAUAUUCAUCAGCGAAUAAACCCAUUGUUCAAUGCAAAGUGCAAAUAGUGAAACAUGAACUUAAAUAACUGGACUAGACCCGGCACAUACAACAGGAUCUACUACAUUGAUAGCAUUUAAUAAAAUAUAAAUCAGAAUUCACAAUAUCUUAUCUUUAACUGUGCUGGUUCCUAAGAUCAAGUAACAGCCAAGUCAGUGUAAUUUUAUGAAAACCUAUAAUGGCCACACUUCCUACAUCAUUGUCUGAUUCUAUUUCUAAAAUUAUAUUAACAGGAAAAAAAACUUAAUCCAAUAAACCACAGUGACUUAAGUCUUAAAUGUUUCAAGCAAAGAAUAACAAUUCAAGAGAAUUUUGUCAAAAAUGGUUACUUUCACAUUUUCAGUUGUUACUUGAUUGUCUCCAAAGCUUGUAUAUAUAUCAGACAUAUAAAUGUAGUAAUAAACAAAAACAAAAACCCCUCAAAUAUGAGAACAAAUAAUCUAAAAGAAAAAGUACAAAACCAAAAAAACUGUUUGAAUCAGGCUCAGCUCUUCAUCUGGCAAGUAAAAUAUAUAAAAGUAGUAAAAACUAGAUAUUUUAUAACAAUCAUUGGUAGUUCAAGGACAGUCUAGUGGCAAUAUGAAUCAAGUCUUAAAAUAUGCAUAAUUUCAGAAAACACUUGCCUCUCAUCAAAAGAAAAGAAAAAAGCUCCAGGGAAAAAUAAUCAGGUACACACAAUUACACAAAAAUAGCAAGCUUCUUUGGAAAAAUGAAAUAGUUAUUUAAAUCAUCUCUUUUAAAGCUUCACAUAGGUAUACGACUUGAAGAAAAGCAUAUUCUCUGAGUACUAAGGAUGAAAAAAAAAAAUAAUAAAGCAACUGGUUUACUUUCUUCCCACCUGAAAGGGGAUGACGGCAUUAAUACAUGUGCUUUAUACAUUCAUAUACAAUUUUAAUAAAAGUUCAACAUCUGUGCUUUUUGUUUCAAAUAUUUUAAAACAAAAUAUAUAUUGAUUUUUUAAUGAAUGAAAUUGUGCCUCAAAGUUUGGAAAGGGAAAACUAAAUGAAAAUAAAACUGACAAAAUCAUACAAAAAGAGGGCAGGAAGGUUUCAGAAAUAAUUCUCUUUUUGAAGCAAUGUUUUAGAAUACUGAUAUACUCAUGGAAGCAAGCUGUUCAUCUUUAAUUCAAAUUUAGUGAAUUCUGGCAACUUCAUAAUCUGAUGGCACAGGCUAACAGAAAUGACUAGAACCUGAUGGAAAAGUACAUUUUAACAUUAAGUCUACAAACUAAGGUUUAUGGAAGAGAUCAUGUCAAAUUUAUAUAUUUUUAUCAUAUAGUGGGUGUCUCAUGUUGUUUUGCCAGUCUAAAGACUUUUAAAGAUGGUUUUUACACUAUAGGCUAAAUUACAGAUGAUUUCUAUUUUACCCUACAUAAAACUAUUUCUGGGCAGGUGACAAGUUGCCAGAAGCUAUCAAAAACAAGGCAUAAAUAUUCACUUGCUAGGAUGCUAUAACGUCUGCUUCUAGUUACGACAUGUACUCACACCUUUUACCACAUAGACAAAGGGCACAAUCAGUACACAAGUACUGGAGAAUACAUGUUGGUCUUAUAUUUUACUG